CGCUUCUGGCUAUAUAAGCCUCAAUGGUGAGCAUCUGAAGCAGGUUGGAAGGUGAACAAAUUCGUCAUGUGGACUCUCAUGGUUCUCGUAGGUGCGAUCGCCUCAUCCGCAGUGUCAGGGGCUGCACGCUACACAACACCUUGGCCGUGGUAUGAAACGACACAAGGUCAAAGUUCUUGCAGGCACAGCUGUGGCUACGACUUAGGACAUUGCUCGUGCUCUUACAGCUGUGAAUACAGAGGGAACUGUUGUCCAGACUAUAAAUAUUACUGCUACUCUGCGAUUACAACGGAACCAGCUCAGCGCUCAUGUCGUAACAACUGCGGCUCGCACCUGGGAGUCUGCUCCUGCACAAGCGACUGCCGAUACCAAGGAAACUGUUGCCAUGACUACAGAUCUUUCUGCCCGACGACCACAGUCGAACCAGUCACAGCUCAGCCCUCCUGCCGAUACAACUGUGGCCGGCACAUGGGAAGCUGCUCCUGCUCGAGCUCUUGUCAAUACAAUGGAAACUGCUGUCGUGACUUCUACUCUUUCUGCACAACGACCACAUUCCAACCAGCCACAAGUCAGCCCUCCUGCCGAUACAACUGUGGCCGGCACAUGGGAAGCUGCUCCUGCUCGAGCUCUUGUCAAUACAAUGGAAACUGCUGCUACGACUUCUACUCCCACUGCCCAAGCUCAACCCCGAUGCCAACGCCAGGGGGCUCCUGUGGAGGCUCUCUGUUUGGCUCUGGUAACUUCUCCAGCCCAAACUACCCCAACAACUACUACAACAACGGCUACUGUGUGUGGCAGCUCAGGGUUGCGUACGACCAAAGAAUCUUCCUGUCAUUCACAGACCUGCAAUUGGAGAACUGCUGCGGCUGUGACUACAUUUCUAUCUACGACGGGCCUUCUGCUAGCUCACAGCAUCUGGGGAAAGUGUGCGAGGGCAAUCAGCAAGCAACCUUCUACUCCACCUCGAACUACUUGACCGUGGUCUUCCGGACUGAUAGCUCCGUUGUUCGCCGAGGGUUUAACGCUGCCUUUAUGAGCUCUUUACCAUCAAACUCAGGUCGAGUGGACUGUUCCUCGGACAACAUGAACAUUGUUCUCCAGAGGACUUACCUGAACUCUCUCGGCUACGACGGCAACGAUCUGUACCUGAAUGACGAGCAAUGCAGACCCCAGAUUUCGAGAGACCAGGUGGUCUUCAACUUCCCAAUCAACACUUGUGGCAACGUUCGAAAGUUUGACAACGGCAGCGCUGUGUACACCAACGCUCUCCGCGCCUUCACCUCCGGCUCCGGCGAGAUCACACGGCAGGCUCACUUCAAGAUGAGCGUGGGCUGUCGGAUGGCGCAGGACUCCGUGGCCCAGAUCAUGUACAUCGUCCGUCACCAUGACAACACCAGCAUCACAGGCACCGGCAGAUUCAACACCAGCAUGGAUUUCUACACGUCCAGCAGCUUCUACUCGCAGGUGACCGAAGUGCCAUACAAGGUGACACUCAACCAGAACUUGUUUGUUCAAGUGAACCUCAGCAGGGGUGACAGCUCCCUGGUCCUCUUUCUGGAUACCUGUGUGACAUCACCAUCGGCCCACGAUUUCCAGACCAGACCGUACUACCUCGUUCGCAACGGCUGUCCUAUGGACAACACCUACCAGCCCUACGCCUCCGGCUCCAGUGCUUAUGCCCGCUUCACUUUCAAGGCCUUCCAGUUCCUGCGAGCCACAGAGUCGGUGUACAUCCAGUGCAAGGUCUUGAUAUGCCAAGCGUCCGACUACAACUCGCGGUGCCGCCGGGGCUGCAACAGACGUGCGGCCAGAGACCUGGGGUCGGCCCACGAAGGCCAAACUCUGGUCUUGGGUCCCAUCCAACUCAAAGACCCUGAAGAGAAGGAGGAAGACACCCUGAAGCAGAAAAGGGAGUAACUGGACUCUGCCUUGAGAGGCUUCAGUCAUCUUCACUAUAACUCAUUCUGUUCAAUGACACACUGAAUCAUACUCACCCAUUUAUUUCCCCUUGAUCUUAAUACCUGAUUAAAAGCAUCAUCAAAAGACA